AUGUUGACUUUUGAUUUAACUUUACUUGACCCUCCUUGCUUGCCUUCACCUGAGGCUCAGGCGCCUGUCGAGGCUGCGCCAAUGCUCGAGGAGCCAGCUCAGAAAAUUCCUGAGCCUGCACCUGUCGUCGAAUCUGAGGGUGACCGCGUGCUCCGCAUCUGGAAUGCGCUGUUGCCGUCGGUUGGCAUACUUUCAGGCUUGCGUCCAGAGCUCCUCCAAGAAUGUCUGGAGGACAUCGAAUUGUGGCUCCACAAAUGGGCACAUUUUGAGGCUAAUGCGCGCAUCUGCAUGCGCGACAUGCUGAAGGCCGAGACAUUGCUCCCAAUUGGAGACAAGGAGAAGGAGGACCUCUGGGAUCUGAACAAGUGGGUGGCGGUGGCACGGAAAAUGGUGAGCGGGUGGAAGAAAGCAGCAGAGGCGAUCAUGGUGGAGGUGUGCGUGGCUUGUGUAGAUAAGGAGAAGGGAAAGGGAAAGGAGAGGGAGGAGAACCCAGACAUGGGUAAGCCUAAGGCGGGGGGGUGUAUGUUGACCAGCCCCAAGACGCUUGACCCUCCUUGCGAGAACUGUGUCCAGCGUGGCAUAAAAUGCUUGCAGGGCAAGAACGCACACUGUGGACCUUGUGAGUGCUUGCACAGGGCAUGCAACUUUGCUACCAAACGCAAGGCACCUGAGGCUGCCAGGCCUGCUCGCAAAAUGCCUCAUGUGGCUGAAGAAUGUGCGCCAAUGGUAGAGCCAACCACAGCUGAUGAUGCCGACGACUCUGGUGAGUCUGAGGUUGAGGUCAUGGAGGUACCAAAGAAGGUGCGCCCUGCGCCCAGGCCAGUGAAGCCAUUGCCUGUGCGCCCUGUCGCUGGGCCUUCGAGGGUUCGCGUGGACGAUUCGGAGCUCAAGCGCCUUCGCACUGAUAACGAGCAUCUUCGGGCAGAGGUCGACAGGUUGUGUGCCUCGCAGGAGGACUACGACCAUUUCGUGCAGAACCUCAACUACCAGGCCUGCAAACAGCAACAGGAGCUCAUUGCAAUGAGCAAUCGCCUUUACUCAUUUUCGGACGAAUGGAGGGUGAUGGGGCAGGAGAUGGAUGACUUCAUUGUGGGGCAGGAGCAUGCGCAAAAGUAG